UACCAUUCUUGCCACCAGGGAAGCCCUGCACCUCUGUUUACUGACCUUAUAAAACAGGGAUAAUAAAACCACCUUUGUUUCAAAGAGGAACCAAUUUAAUAAUUACAAAGCGUUUAGAACAGAGCCUGGCAUAUACAUUGUACUGUGUAAGUAAAACAGUAAAUUUCCAGGGUCCCCUCCACCUCGAGACUUUCUCAGGUCGGGGGCAGUGGUAGAACGAAAGCUGGGAGGAUGGCCAAGUAGAUGGGUAGCCUCUGGAGCACUCACACAUGCGCACUGAAGGUGCAAGGCUGUUACAAUGCCUACUGGAGUGGAUAGCCUAUCCCUUCUCCAGUGGACCCAGGAACCGGGGUUCCCUGCAGUGCAGGCGGAUCCUUGACCAGCUGAGCUACCAGGGAAGCCCACAGCGCCUCGCAGGACCAUUCUAACCCAGGGCGUGGCUUACCCGGGGGAGGACUACAUUACCCACAGUGCAUCCCGCGAGGCCUCAGUUCAGUUCAGUUGUCUCCGACUCUGCGACCCCAGUGGAUCGCCGACCGCCAGGUUUCUCUGAACUGAGCGGGUCCCACCUCGCGGAGCAGAGUCGCUACGUAGUUCGUUUCUUUGCGUGAAAGUCGGUUCAGCCAAUAGUGAAAGGGCCGCGUUACCGAAAAUGCCUCCCUUUGGCCCGCCCUCCAAGACCCAUUCCCAUUCAACAGCGGGCUGGAACGAGCAAGGACUACGUUACCCAGAAUGCUUCCCGUGGGCGGCCCUCGCGGCCUUGCUCUCCAGCUCGACGCGCGGCUCAGCCAAUGGUCGCUUCCGAGCGUCCGGGUCUGUGAUGCACGGAUGCUGGUCCUAGUUUCUGGACCGCCUAGACCUCCGUACCCACUGUUCCACUCCGGUUCCACCCCGCAGCACCGGCUCGCCGCGAGCUCCCCACGAGUCGCAGCGCUGUCGAGACCUGAAAACAUCUUUCCCAGUGUCUGGCCAGAGGUGCAGGGAGACACAGGCGUUAUCUCCAGGCCGGAGAAAGGGCAAGGGCCGCCAGGAGCAAUGGCGACCUCUCCCGGCCCCCAGCCUCUGGCUCCCCUGGAGCAGGAUGAGGGUGACAUCCUCGUUGUCAAAGUGGAGGACGACUACUGCUGGGAAGAGGAGCCCUCCCUGGAGGCGGAAGACCCCAGCCCUGAAACCUUCCGCCAGCUCUUCCGGCUGUUCUGCUACCAGGAGGUGGCGGGACCUCGGGAGGCCCUGAGCCGCCUCUGGGAGCUCUGCUGCCGCUGGCUGAGGCCCGAGCUGCGCACCAAGGAGCAGAUCCUGGAGCUGCUGGUGCUGGAGCAGUUCCUGACGGUGCUUCCGGGGGAGAUCCAGGCCCGGGUGCGGGAGCAGCAGCCAGAGAGUGGUGCCGGUGACCUUGGAGGACGUGGCCGUGUACCUGUCCCAGGAGGAGUGGGGCUGCCUGGACCUGGCUCAGCAGGACCACAGCUGCGACGUGCUGCUGGAGGAUGCAGGACUCCCCACGCCCAGGCCCUGUCUGACCGCCCUGCAGGGGCAAGGAGAAGACCCGCGGGACCCAGCUCGAGCAGCCUCGGGGCCAAGGGAGGUCUCUGGUGGAGCCAGUUCAGAGCGUGGGAGGCGAUUGGAGGAUGGCGAGGACUCCGGGGAGGACGCGUCACUGAGCACAGCGUGGGCCCAGGCGCUCCCAGAUCUGGGUCCGGGGCCUGGCCAGGCCAGAUCCCAGCGGCCUCAGGACAGAGCGGGGCCCCUCGGGGUCCGGAAGCCACACACGUGCCCCGAGUGCGGCAAGGCCUUCCGCAAGACGUCGCACCUGACCAAGCACCAGCGCACGCACACGGGCGAGCGGCCCUACCAGUGCCAGGUGUGCGGGAAGCGCUUUGGCGACCGGUCCAACUGCAGCACGCACCAGCGGGUGCACACGGGCGAGAAGCCCUACGCCUGUGCCGAGUGCGGCAAGCGCUUCAGCCAGAGCUCCAGCCUGGUCAUCCACCGCAGGACGCACACGGGCGAGCGGCCCUACCAGUGCCAGCUGUGCGGGAAGCGCUUCAACAACAGCUCGCACUUCAGCGCACACCGCAGGACGCACACGGGCGAGAAGCCCCACACCUGCCCGGCCUGCGGCAGGGGCUUCCGCCGGGGCACCGACCUCCGCAAGCACCAGCGCACACAUGGUGGGGAGCAGCCGCCGCGCAGACCCCCAGGGCUCCAGGACACGCCCGGGGCCUGGGCCUGAUCAUUCGGGGAGCUGCAGGGUCGUUUCAUUCCCGGAGUCAGCUCCCCCAUCUCCGGGCGUCUUCAGACUCUGUUUGUUCCCGUGGGCCCAGUGUGAGCAGGAAGCCGGGCCCUGCAGGUGGAUCGGGGUCCGGGGCUACCACGAAGAACACACACGGAGGAGCACGGCAGCGGGAAUUCUCAGGUCAGGGGCCAGAGUCUGAAGUCAAGGUGCUUGCGGGCUGCUCCUUCAGGAGGCUUGGGUGGGGUCCGUCCCGCGCUCUCCUUCGGGCUUAUGGCCACAGGGCUCUGCCACCACCUCCCCAGCCCCUUCUGCGUGUCUCCACGUGUGCUCCUGUCUUGUAAGGGCGCCGUCAUUGGAUUUAGGGCACACUCAGUCCAGAACGACCUCAUCUUAGCUCGUUACAUCUGCAAGGACCUGUUUCCAAGUGGGGUCCCCACUAAGGCUCUGACUGUUGACUUGGGGGACACCCUUCAGCCCACUUGGGGGGAAGCCUUGGUGGCUGUGGCCUCUUGCAGCUUUACGUGUCCCCAUCCUCCCAGGGUUUCUCUUUCCUUCCAACCUCGCCACGCUUGCCAGGUGUAGCCCGUGGGGGUUCUCCAGCAACACAGUGGUUGGGGGUUCCCCUCACAGAUCCAUGGCUGUUCUGUUGGAUCCACAGCUGUUCUGUUGGAUGGACGGCUGAUGCGGGAAUGCUUCCCUGAGGACCCUUCCCUUCUAACCUCCCCUGCUUGCCAGGAAGUCUGGGGGUUUCCCCAGGAGAGGUGCCAGGGCUGCCAUCGUUCCAGCCCAGGUGGCCAUGUCCCAGGAUGCAGGCUGGCCUUGGUUGCCCCACUUUGUCUUUCUGAUGUGGUCAUGCCUCUGAUCGGUUCCCAUCGGUUGCCUCAUGUAUGGCUGAGUGGCGCAAUAAGAGGCCUUGUUUGCUGUUGUCACGAGUGAAGUGGUGGGGCAGCUCUGAAACCUCUGGGUUUCAGGAUGUCCCAUCCAAUCACUAGACAUACUGUUAUUUUUCCACACACCCCGGGGGUGUGAGCUGCUCUGCUCUGUUCCCUUAAUAAACAGCGUCUGUCAGUCAUCCUGGCACCUGGGCUCUGUCCUGCAUGUUCACUGGGGCCACCCAGUUGAGGGAUGGCUUCUCCCUUCUGGGCCAGCUUGUGGGGCAGGUAGCGUCCACCCAGAUCCAGCCACAUCAGUGUUGCCAACGGCCCACCCACCUGCCCCUCACAGACUCACUUCUCACAUCCCGUCUGCUGCUGGAGGUAGCUGCCCUCUGCCAGGCCUGAGAGCUGGGCCAGUCCAGUGCCUGUUCCCUGACGUUCUCUGUCCUGUAACAGGACUUCACGUUCUAGAUGAAGACUCAGACCUGGGAGCUUGAAGCACCUUGUCCAAGGGGCAGGACCCACUCUCAACCCUCACCCUCCUGGCCUGCUGCUUCAGCAGUUAGCAGAGUUGAACCUGGGACAAAGAUUUUUGUUUCCUGUCACUGUGAGGGAAACAUCUUGAGUGAACUUACUGCCAUUGAAGAGGGUAGAGAGAGUAGGGGAAAUGGAAUUUUAAAAACAGCCAUUGCAGGACUUCCCUGGAAGUCUAGUGGUUAAGACUGCAUGCUUUCACUGCAGGGGGCACAGGUUUGAUCCCUGGUUGGGGAACCAAGAUGCUCGCUGCACGGUCUGGCCUUCUGCCUCCACCCCCACCCCCACCCCUGCCCCAGUAGUUCUUGCUCUUGAGAGCUAGUGACUGGUGGAGGCUGUGUGCCUGGUGCCGGAGCUCUGACCGUGCUGUGUGCGCCUUGGAGUGGAGGGCGGGGGCCUCUGCAGUGAGGAGAGGGCCUGGGGGCCCCCGGUGAUAGUAGUCUGGCUCCAGUCCCUGCAGGACAGGCUCCCCGAGGCCUCCUGUGGCCUCGGAAGCCAGCUCACAUCUGACUUGUAAUAAAAAUGCUCCUUGUUGUCGAGAAUGGGGGCUGCCGGUGAGGCCCCCGUGGUGAGAUCAAGUGGAGUCUGGCCCCGAUCUUGGCUGCCUGUGGCUGGGCAGGGCCUGCUCUAUCUUAUGGGGGGCUGGGUGGGAAGGGGGCCCUUGCCCACCCUCAGGGCCCGGCAGCCAGUGGUGACCUCAGCUGAAUGCUGGAACACAUGCCCAGAGGCCAAGGGUUGUGCUGGGCUGCCUGAAGCCUUGGCACAGGGGGUCCGAGCUGACCGCUCUGCUCUUCCCAUGGGGCAGACAGGGCAGAGGGGCGCUGAGACCUUGAAAACAAGUUGGAGCCAGAACAGAGUUGUCACAGAGUAGGGCUUCAGCCUGUGGGGAGCAGCUGGGCCAAGAACUGACGAAAGGACUGAAAAUUGGUGGCGGUCGGGAGUAAUGCUAGAAAGGGUUGGUGAGGGAGAUGGCAGAGCCUCCUCAGCUCUUGCUGGUCGUCCACGAGGGUAGGCAUGGGUGACAGUUUCCAGCGUUAGAACAUUCAUGUUCUGUGUUUAAAAGUCAACCCACCUUUACUUUGGAAGGACCCUAGAACAUGAUUAUAUACGUGCCGCCUUUGUGUCUUGGUUAAAGAAAAAAAAGCAAAUUUCAGUCCACCCUUCCAUCCAGA